AAGAAGAAGCGCAAGACGGAAGAGUCACAAGUCUUUCCUAAAAUGGCGACGACCAUAGAGAGUGGCAAUGCCGGAGCGGCAAAUAAGAAAAAACAUCUUGGAAUUCCAGAGGCGAUAUUUGUGGAGGAUGUUGAGUCCUUCAUGAAACAGCCUGGCAAUGACACUGCAGAUGCUGUUUUAAGGAAACUGGAUGAACAGUAUCAGAAAUACAAGUACAUGGAACUCAACCUGGCCCAGAAGAAACAGAGGUUGAAAAGUCAGAUUCCGCAAAUCAGGCAGACAUUAGAUAUCUUAAAACAUAUGCAGAAGAAGAAGGAAACGACAGAGCCAAUGGAUACACACUUCCUGUUGGCAGACAACGUAUACUGUAAGGCCUCCGUCUCGCCUACAGACAAAGUUUGCUUGUGGCUUGGGGCAAAUGUCAUGCUGGAAUACGACAUUGACGAGGCAGAGUCCCUGUUGGAAAAGAAUCUGGCCACAGCCUCCAAAAACCUGGACUCCCUGGAAGAUGACCUGGACUUCCUCAGAGACCAGUUCACUACUACAGAAGUCAACAUGGCGCGAGUUUACAACUGGGAUGUUAAGAGAAGAAGCCAAGACAACAUUCUCAAGUCAUCGUCUUAAAAAUCGGCAGUGUCCUCAUCACCCCCCCCCAACAUCAACCAUCCAGUAACCCACCCCGUAGUGCCCCCCACCCCCCACAUAUGUUUUCACUCUGCACUCAGCGUAAUCUAUUGAUUUUUGUUACUUUUUAAAAGUAUUUUUUCAAGUAAAGGAAAAAAAAAGAAAGGUAACACAGGCAGUUUUUUUGUAUUCUUUUUAUUAUCGAUUAUUAGUCCGUCUUCAAAUGACUUCAGCCUCCACCCUCAUUCUAUCACAGUGUCCCAUCCCCGUUGCCCUCCACCCCUCUGUCCCACGCUUUCAACUUCCCUCUACUCUUCUGUUCAUUUCAAAGCUGCCGUCUUUGAGGAUGCGCUAUGACAUUGGCUUCCUGUUGGCCAUAAUCAGUUAGCCAAACGGUAUGAUGGGAAUUGUUGUUUUGGAAUCUGGUCAGUAGGCUACGCUCAACCAGAUUCUAAACUACAGUAACUAACACACGGUUGAGCAAUCCCUUCCUCUUUUUUCCCCACUUGUUCCUGUUUGUCAGCAACCUCUUUUUGUCUUUUUGACAUACCCUGUAAUUUUUUCCUCUCUUCUCUCUUGUCUUUCAUAUUUGUAUUUAUUUCUUCCAUUGUAUUCAUUAAAUACUGAAUGAGAACUAAUGAGAAAAAAA